AUGGCGUCGUCCGCGGAUCCGUGGGUGCGGGAGUACGGCGAGGCGGCGCGCCUGGCGGACGACGUCGCCGCCAUGGUCGCCGACCGGGCGGCGCUCCCGCAGUCCGGGCCGGAGGUCAUGCGCCACACCUCCGCCAUCCGCCGGAAGAUCACCAUCCUCGGGACCAGGUUGGACAGCCUCGAGGGGAUGCUCGCCAGGCUUCCCCCCAAAUCCAUCACGGACAAGGAGCUGCAUAAGCGCCGAGACACGCUUUCAAAUUUGAAAUCUAGAGCAAAACAGAUGGCAGAAAGUUUCAACAUGUCGACCUUUGCCAACAGGGAGGAUUUGCUUGGUCAGAGCAAGAAAGCUGCUGAUGACAUGAGCAGAGUAGCCGGGUUGGAUAACCAAGGGAUUGUUGGCCUUCAGAGGCAAAUCAUGAAAGGUACUGAUAGUGGUUGGUUACUGGAUGUGAUGGCUGGCCUGUCGCCCUCCAUUUCCACCACCCUCGGGCAGAUACAUCAAUGUGGUCGUGACAUUUGGAGUGAACAAGAUGAGGGUCUUGAGAAGCUGGAACAGACAGUGCUGAGCACAAAACACAUUGCGCUAGCAGUCAAUGAGGAGCUUGACCUGCAUGCAAGACUGAUUGAUGACCUAGACGACCAUGUGGAUGGUACGAACUCGCGUCUCCAGGUUUUAUUUCAAACCCUUGUUUCCGUUCCUUAUCCUUAG